CCCCCACCUCCCUUGAAGAACUACAAAGAUGAAUUACAGUUCCUUCAGAUUAAUAUGCAGGCAGAAAAAGAGAAAGGACAACUGAGGGAUGAUGUGAUCAAAGACAUGCGUUCGGAUAAACUCCAACUGCAGCAACAAGUGGCUCACCUGGAGGAACUCCUAAAGCUGCAGGCAGAGAAGGAAAAGAAGAAGGAAGUCCAACAAGUCAAAACGGAAGAGCCAAUCGAAGAGGAUAAAAAUUGCCCAUUGCCGCCCAUGGAUGGACACCCAGACUGCAAGGGGAAAUUGAAGUGGAUGAAAAACAGUUGGAAGACUGACCCUUGCUACAGCAGUUAUGGGGUGAAUGGGUCUCUGUGCUCCAUCCUUACCUACCUCAGUGAGAUAGAGUCCUGGUGUCCCUUGCUUCCAGGCCGAGUGAAGCCUGUAGUGGAAAAAUCAGAGGUUACGAAAAAGAUGGGGCCUGCAGUGGUACGGGAAAGUCUAACAGAUCUGUAUCCACCUAUGGCAAAUAGAAAACAGUUCCGUUGGAUUCACCAAAGAAUUCGCAGUAUGGAAAACAUUUGGGUCGAGGCUGGACGCUCUCUGUCGGCCAAAUACAACCUCACAGAGAGGAAAGCUAAAAAGAUUCUGGUGCAUCCUGGAGCAGUGACAGAUGAAUCAGGUUUUAGAAUAGCAGACUCUUCCUUUAAUGGGGGCCCCCUUGGGGAACUAGUCCAGUGGAGUGAUCUCAUCUCCACACUUUACAUCCUGGGUCACGAUCUUCACCUUUCUGCCUCCUUACCUGACCUCAAGCAAUUUCUAGGGCUUUCGACAGGUAGCUGCCCAACUCGUCAUUCAAACGUGGAAGCAGACCUGAUCUAUACAGACAUUAUUGGUCUUAAACAGAUUCAGACAGCACUAGGGACAUCUUGGAUCGAAUACAGGUGCAAGUUUCGUGUGUUGGACACUUUCGGCACUGAGCCAGACUUCAAUCAUGUAGCUUGGGCCAAAAAGCACAACCUUAAGGGUCCAUUUGGCAACCUGAACAUGAUCCCAAUGCAGUUCUACACAAUGUUCCCUCAUACACCAGACAACACAUUCCUGGGCUUUGUGGUGCAGCACCAGAUGAGCUCUGAAGAAACCGAGCAGUUGAAGUCUGUCGGAAGAAAAAACCAGGCCCUUGUGUACGGCAAGAGAGCCAAGUUUUGGGAGGGUAAAGGAGCAUAUCUGGACAUCAUCCAUAAGUACUUGGAGGUCCAUGGGACAGUUGAUAAAUCCGUUUCGAUUCCAAGCUAUGUGAAGAACCACGGCAUUGUCAAAGGCACUGAGGUUCAGGCCCUGUUGAGACAGAGCAAGGUUUUUGUUGGAUUGUCUUUCCCGUAUGAAGGCCCCGCCCCAUUGGAGGCCUUAGCCAAUGGCUGUGCUUUCCUGAACCCCAGGCUACACCCUCCGCAGAGUAGCCUGAAUUCAGAGUUCUUCAAGGGGAAGCCUAACACCAGAGAGGUGGCAUCCCAGCAUCCUUAUGCCGAAGCCAUAGGUGAGCCGUACGUAUGGAUGGUAGACAUGCACAACUCCACAGAUGUGGAGAGAGCUCUCACUGCUAUCCUCAAUCAGACUAUUGAGCCCUACCUUCCCUAUGAGUUUUCCUGUGAAGGGAUGCUCCAGAGGGUCAACGUCCUGAUUGAAAAACAGGACCUCUGCACCAGUACAGGGAGCUGGCCCCCACUGAGCGCGCUCCAGGUUGUGAAAGCGAAGGCCCAAACGUCCUGUAAACAGGCAUGCCAGAAGGCAGGGCUUAUCUGUGAACCUGCAUUCUUCCCACAUCUUAACAAAGUACAGAAUCUUGCCAACUUCAGUGUAGAUUGUAAAACAUCAGAGCUUUCCGACAGUCAAUUGGUGUUUCCAGCCUACAACAGCAGUAGUAAACACUGUCUGUUCCAGUCCGACCCCCUGCUCUUCAGCUGUGUGAGAUCGGACCAGUCCUUGACUCGCAUCUGCCCCUGUAGAGACUACAUUAAGGACCAGAUAGCUUUAUGCAAAGCAUGUAUCUAACUGUUGGAUGGAAAACAAAACCUAUGUACAUAAAGUUCAAUAAAAAGUAUUU